GAGGCAGGCGGCGGCGGAACGUGGGCUGUCUGUUCGCUCUCCCCGCGCACGCACACUCCACCGCGUCGCUGCCGCUCUCGGGGCCGUGCUGGGAUUCUGGCCGCCAGCAAUCGUCCGACACAUUUCACCAAACCAGGAGCUGCAUGGGUACAAGUAUCUAAGCUCUUCCCAGGAUCUCACAGGGCACAAAGGAGCUGCUCAGAAAAUGAUGCCCAAUACUGUGCUUACCUUGCAAUCAGGAAAAUUCCAUUGAACCAUGGCCUCACUGUGGAAUACCUUAGCCACAGAAUUCUGGGCGAAUGCACCUUAUGAGGGCUGGAGGUUUACAAGUGAGGAAAUGGUCUCAUUGAAGUUGGUGCAAGUUCCACAGCUAUUAAAUGACAAUGCCAGGGUCAGUAUAGACAGUCUGAGUCCAGAACCCCCUAAACCAGAAAUAAUGCAAAAGGUGUCCCAAGGCUUCUGAUCAGUGAACCAAGAUUUGAGAAAGACAGCCAAGCUCAUGUUUUCUCCUGAUCAAGAAAAUCAUCCAUCCAAAGCACCAGUAAAAUAUGGUGAACUCAUUGUCCUAGGGUAUAAUGGGUCUCUCCCAAAUGGCGAUAGAGGAAGGAGAAAAAGUAGGUUUGCUUUGUUUAAAAGACCUAAGGCAAAUGGGGUGAAGCCCAGCACUGUGCAUAUUGCUUGUACUCCUCAGGCUGCAAAGGCAAUAAGCAACAAGGACCAGCAUAGCAUAUCAUAUACCUUAUCUCGGGCACAGACAGUGGUGGUUGAAUACACUCAUGACAGCAACACUGAUAUGUUCCAGAUUGGUCGGUCAACUGAAAGUCCCAUUGACUUUGUAGUAACUGACACAGUUCCUGGAAGUCAAAGUAAUUCUGAUACACAGUCAGUGCAAAGCACUAUAUCAAGAUUUGCCUGUAGAAUCAUAUGUGAACGGAAUCCCCCCUUUACAGCACGGAUUUAUGCUGCAGGAUUUGACUCAUCAAAAAACAUCUUUCUUGGGGUAAAAAAUGUUUUCCUAAAUGAUGCAUUAUUUUAUAACCACUUCUUUUACCAAAGUACAAGUAAACAGAAGCUUUCUAUUCUUAUCCCUACUAGGAGAACCACUAAUGGUGUUCUUGUUAUGCAUCCACGCAAUGGGUUUACAGAAGACUCCAAGCCUGGAAUAUGGAGAGAAAUAUCAGUGUGUGGAAAUGUAUUCAGCCUACGUGAAACCAGAUCAGCUCAGCAGAGAGGAAAAAUGGUGGAAAUUGAGACCAAUCAGUUACAAGAUGGCUCAUUGAUUGACCUCUGUGGAGCAACAUUGCUGUGGCGUACUGCGGAAGGCCUGUCCCGCACUCCCACAGUGAAGCAUUUAGAAGCUUUGAGACAGGAAAUCAAUGCCGCGAGACCUCAGUGCCCUGUAGGGUUCAACACUUUAGCAUUUCCAAGUAUGAAGAGGAAAGAUGUUGUCGAUGAAAAACAACCAUGGGUCUAUCUAAACUGUGGCCACGUUCAUGGCUAUCAUAACUGGGGAAACAAAGAAGAACGUGACGGAAAAGAUCGUGAAUGUCCUAUGUGUAGGUCUGUUGGUCCUUAUGUUCCUCUGUGGCUUGGAUGUGAAGCUGGAUUUUAUGUGGACGCUGGCCCUCCAACCCAUGCGUUUAGCCCGUGUGGGCAUGUGUGUUCAGAAAAGACAACUGCCUACUGGUCCCAGAUCCCGCUUCCUCAUGGUACUCAUACUUUUCAUGCAGCGUGUCCCUUUUGUGCACAUCAAUUGGCUGGUGAACAAGGCUACAUCAGACUUAUUUUCCAAGGACCUCUAGACUAACAGACAGUUGUACUCCAGGACCACAUUAUAAAUUUAUAAGCUAAGUGAGCUGGGUUUUCCAACCUGUUGUCCACGUCACAGUUUCUCUGCUCUGGUCAUUUGCAUUAAGAUGAAGAAUUUUUUUAGACAUUUAUAAUAAAUAGUACAAUUUCUAAUCAAAAACCUGGAAAACUCAAACAAAGGAAUUUCUGAAAGUACCAGACUUCAGAAUUCCGAGUUUUGAAAAUAUAUUUUGAGGAAAAAAAGACAUAGUCUAAUUUGAUGCCUUCAUUGUAGUGUCUUUGAAUCACCCAUCCUCAGUGUUGAAAAAUUGUUUUGUAUAACUGAGGGGACUGUUGGUUCAAACUAUGUUAGUUUACUGUUUGUUGCAAACAUUGUAAAAUACAGCAACAUGUAUAUUAACUUUUUUUUCUAUUUAUCUUUAUUAUAGAAAAUAUCUUAGAAUGUUCUUGGUAGAGUAGCAUGGUAAAUGAUGGUGUCACACUCUUGGUGUGAAUGGUAGUUUAGUGAGCAUAGCUCAAGGAUUUGCAAGGUUAGGAACAAGGACAAGAGAGCCUCUCUCCCAUCCCCAUCUAAAUAUGGAAUUUGGUAAAUUAAAAUACUUUGUAAAACCAAAUUCAUGUCAAUUACCAUUGUGUAAGAGGUGUUUGUUUUUAACCACAUUGAAGAUUAUCAGGAAAGAUUUUUUUUCCUUAAUGUUUCUCUUAAGUAUAGUACUAUCACAAAAACUUAAUGCUAAGAAACAUUUUAUAUGCUCCUUUGAAUAUGCAAUUUAAUGUAGAUUAUCUAUUUUUCUCCCAUGAUAACUAAUCUGUUUUUAGUAUCAGCAACAUUUGGCAAGUUUGUUUUUUAGAUAUAUAUAAACUGUGGUUCAUCUGUUCACUGUUUUCUACAAAAAAAUUACUCCCAUGAGAAAAAGCAUAAAUUAACAAGAAAGGAGAGUGACUUGAUUUGCUUUAGAAAAAGAAAUGCUUAAUUAAUUAAUUAUUCUAUAUUUGGCCUUAUCCAGGCAUUAAGAAUACAGGUGAUUAAAGGGAUAACUGAAAAUAGUGCCCCCCCCAGCCAACCCUUUUUUUAACCUAGUAGAUAGGCCUUAACUAUGGGCUUGAAUCCUAAGGAGAGUUGCCACAGUGCAACCCAAGGAAAUGUUGGUUGGCACAUGAGCACAAGUGACAGCCAAGUGGGGGAAUGUACUUGCAUGGUCUGUUAAUUCUCUUAUUCCAGUAAGUUCUUAGCUUUCAGAAGCAAGAAAAUGGUUCUUCUUUCCCCAACCCCCACCCUCACACUUUUUUCUUUUUUUUGAUGCACCACAAGGAAAGUAUAGACAGUUGCACUACAUACAUCAAACCGUUUGUGACACUUGUAGAAAUCAAUACACUUUUAGAUUAGAAAGAGUAACUUUUUAAACUUUUGAUUUGUUUUCCUUUAGUUUAAAAAGUUGUAUGAUGCUUAAUUGACUAGCAAAUUUUUGUAUGUGGUAGCAUAGCUUUAAUUUAUCCUAUUGCAAUGCUAUUCUGAAUUUUCUUUUGGCUUAGAAAAAAACAAACCUUGUUGCUUAGAAGCCAUGAACUGUUUUAUUUUACUUGUCAAAAUUUCCUUGUUUUUAAAAAUGAUCAUUUGGGUUCACUCAGGAAGUGCAUGUCAGGAAACUUGUAUUAUAAGUUUACCAGUUGUGAUGUAUCAGUAACUGCUGUUACCCCUUUUUCAAAGAAAUAUAACUGAUUUUGAAGUUUUCUAGCUUGUCACAUGCCUUGUGACUAAUGCCUGGAAAUCAAGUCUUGUGUUGUAUUUGUUCUAGUCAUUUCUAUUCAAGCUAUAUAUUGUAGCUAAUUUUUAUUUGCAAUUAAUUUAUUCAAAUUAAGUAAAUACUUUUCAAAAUAGA